AUGCCUUCACUCCUCGCUCGCCCCUUCCUCGUCCACAGCUCCCUCCCUGGCUUCCGCCCGGUGGCAAUGGCGGCGCUACCCAUUGGGCUGAAACGAGUUGCGGUCAUCGGGGGUGGCCCCGCAGGUCUCGCGUCCGCCAAGUACCUCCUCGAGGCAGGCCUUCAACCCACACUGUUUGAGAAGGCCGCUUCUAUUGGCGGGCUGUGGAGGCAAGGCAUUCCAAGCGACAGUGGCGAGGCAGUUGAAGAAGAAUCUUGUUCGAAACCAGCCGCCAGGGCUUCAGAUGGAGCGCCUGCGUGCUGGGCAGGCAUGAUGACAAACCUAUCGCGCGUCACCUGCAGUUUCUCCGACCAUCCGUGGGCCGACGAUGCGCCGCUCUUCCCGUCGCAAGCUCAAGUGCUCGCCUACUUGAAGUCCUACGCCCACCGGUUCCUCAUUCCGCCGGGAUCAAACUCAUUAGCAGCUUCGGGCUCGCUGCGCCUGAACGCGCGUGUCUCCCGCGUCGCGUUGCUGGACGACGGAAAGUGGAGUGUCCAAGUGGAUCAAGACGGCCGGCAGCAAAACCCAGAGGUGUUCGAUUCCCUGGUAGUCGCGUCAGGGUUCUUCGAGAAAACACACAUCCCCAACGUGCCAGGGGCUGAUGCAGCGGCAGCGGCAGGAGUCCUUAUGCACAGCGCCAACUACAGGAGCAGCGACGCCUUCGCGGGGAAGAAGGUCGUCGUCGUCGGCACAUCCUUCAGCGGCGUCGACAUCGCCGCUGACGUGGCAUCAAAAGCUUCUGAGGUCAUCCACGUCAUCACCAAGCCCUUCUGGCUGCUGCCACGCUUCCUUCCAGCCGACCCCUCGGACCCAGCCUCGCCCUUCCUGCCGCUCGACUUGUGCUUCUAUCGAAGGGCCUCGCGACCUUCGCCGUCUCUCGUCGUGUUGCGCAGUGAAGAGGCGCGGCGUGCUGCCAACAAGUACAUGCGCGCUCUGUGCGGUGAUCAGGGUAAGCUCCUCUGCCCGGAGCUGGGCGUGAGCAGCAGCGACAGCGAGCACCCGUUCAUCGCCAUCUCGGACCAGUAUGGGCCCAUGGUGCAGCAGGGGCUCAUCCGUGUGCUGCCCCGCAGAGUGCAGGGCGUGCUGCUGCAGCCGCAUUCUCCACAGGACAGCAGCACACCUCUGCAGGCCUCCGUAAUUCUCCAAGGCACAGAUGAGCGCAUCGACGGUGUGGAUGCACUCAUCUGCUGCACCGGCUACAGCCCCGCGCUUCCCUUCCUCCCCACCCACCUCAAGGAGCAGAUCGGCUUCGACUCGUCCGACCUCUUCUCGCCGCUGCUGCUGCACCGCUGCACGUUCCACCCGUCGCUCCCAAGUGCAGCCAUGGUGGGCAUGUACCGUGGGCCGUACUUUGCUGUCAUGGAGCUCCAGGCUCGUUGGGCCGCAGCCGUGCUGUCCGGCGCCCUCCCGCCCGUUCCAACCAGCACCCUACAAGAGGGCGUUGAGGAGGCGAGGAAGGUGCGGGAGCAGCAGCCAAGGCCCCAGUUCCCUGUGUGGGACUAUGUGGGAAUGUGCAACUCGCUCUCUGAGGCGCUCGGGUGUGCGCUGCCCACGGACCCUGAGUGGAUGAGAGCACACGACGUGGUGGUGCCCGCACACUACUGCACCCCCACCACUGCACCGUCUGUCGCUGCCGCUGAGGUUGCCCUGGCGCAGUUGACGCGUGCUUGCAGCGAGUUGGAGGGCGGGAGCGCAGUGGCAGGGGCGGUGUUCCGGGGCCUGGCGGGGAAGUGGCGGUUGGAGAGGGAGAUCCGGAGUGUGCAUGAGGGCCUGCCGUCGGGCACCAUGCAAGGGACAGCCACGUUCACGAUGCGACCGGGGGAAGGAGAGUACCUGUACCGUGAAGAGGGGGAGUUUGUGAUGGCAGGCAGCGCAGGGGGCAAGGGGAACAAGGUGUGGCGGGAGUAUGUGUGGGUGUGCGAGGGGCCGGAGGAUGGCAUUGCCGUCCACUUUGCCGACAAGUCGCAGCGCACUUACCUCUUUCACCACUUGAGGUUCUUUCCGGACCCUUCAGAGUCAGGUUCUUCUCCCGACAAGAAUGAAGGCCUUCAGAGUGCUGACUUCGUAGAGAAGGCGCUGCCCCGAGCGUGGCGUGCAGUCGGGGAGCACCUUUGUGUGAAAGACUUGUACAAAGUGGCGUACCGGUUUGCCUUCCAAGGUGUUCACGUGGAGAGGUUCAGCAUUGAGUACCUUGUGCGCGGGCCCCACAAGAACUACGUCUCCUCUGCCUUGCCAUGUGAUGGGAGGAAGGGAGGAGGAGGGAGGGAGGUGGAAGAGGUGGUGCGGUUCAUCCUUGGCGGAGGUGAGCGAGGCGCUGCUGGGGGAGGGGGCUGCUGCAGGCCGUCGCUCACGGAGCAGCUGAUGGCGCACAUGCAGGCCGUUGCUGGCGGCCAAGCUUCUGACGCUCUUCCAGCACUGCUCGGCGCAGCGCCAGUGCCUAGGGCAGUGGCUUUGCCUGGCCUGGCAGCAGGGGCAGCAGAAGAAGGAGCAGUGGAAGAAGGGGCAGUGGAAGAAGGGGCAGCAGAAGAAGGGGCAGUGAGAGAAGGGGCAGCAGAAGAAGGGGCAGCAGAAGAAGGGGCAGUGGAAGAAGGGGCAGCAGAAGGGGCAGCAGAAGAAGGGGCAGUAGAAGAAGGGGCGGUAGAAAGGCCAGCAGCAGAAGGGGUGGCAACAGGAGGGGCAGCAACAGAAAGGGCAGCCACAGAAGGAGUGGCAGAAGAAGGGGCAGCAGCAUUAGCGGCAGCAGCAGAAGGGGUGGCAGCACAGGAUGCAACAAGUGCAUAA